CGAAACAGUUGGUCACACUGCAGUCUUCGUCGAUGUAAAUUUUUUUUGCGAAUUCUAUUUUCAUAUAAUUUAAGAAUAAAGUGUUUUAUAGUGCGAGAAAAAAAUCUAUUUCGCGUUGUUGCUACAAACCAGGCGAACCGACAGCAGCAUAACUUUAUUUUUAGGCAUUUGAAGCUCAAUUUCUUUACGGAAAUAUUCCUCUUCGGCUACAACAACAGCUACAGCUACAGCUGCGUGACAAUUUCCCGAUGUCGGCGUCACAACGCGGCUGCCGCAUUAGCAAACAAACAAGCAACUAAGUCUCCGCUACCCGCUUCUCUCCUAAUGAGGCAAGUUUGAUCAACGGAUCUGGGACGAUCUGGUCUCAAUGCCCUGAUGCCAUCAUCAGUAUCAUCAUCAUGUCCAGUUCGGUGUUUAGUGAGGCCCCCAGUACACGGCCAAAUGGCGCCGAUGGCGAUUCCAACCUUGUCGUGGUCUAUAGCAAAAAUGGCAUUUCAUUUGAUGAGCGUGCUAUUGAAAAUAUCAUGGAGGAAAAAUCAAUUGCCAGCAUUAGCGUUGUGCGUUUAACAUCGCCUACGCCCAGCAUGAUGGAACAGGAGGAAACGGAGCGUCUGGAGGAACUGGAGCGUUUCCUUGAGGCCAAUUCGGAUCGCGAUGAUUCCGAUGCGGAGCUGCGGGACACGGAGAAUGAGAGUCAAAGUGGCGGUGAAGAGCUCAUCAGCGAAAAGGAUCAUGUUACCGGCGAUGAUAAUGAAAACAAUAGUGGCGCCGAAAAUAAUGAUGACUCUACAGAAGCAGAGGAAGCCGAGGCACCAAAGGUGAAGAAGCGUCCUGGUCGCAAGCCUAAGCCGAAAAAGCAAAAGAAACGUCGCAAACCAAAGGAACGACCGCAAAUUGUUGGCCUUAGUGUUGAGCAGUUUUAUGCGGAAGGUUCUGCAGACAUGGUAGUGAAGAAUGCGCUGAAAUUGGCUGGCUUGUCACUAUUCAAACGAACACCGGAAACGGAUGCACUUAUGGAGAUUAUCAAAAACGAUCACAACUAUACGCCCUUCACUUCGCCCGAACAAAUGAAGGCUAAGAAGGCCGCUGAGAAAGUGGCGAUGGAAAGGCAAACAGUACAAGGACGUAAAUUCAUUGUGCAGACACAGCCCAACAUUAAAGUGUUGAGUGCCAAGAAGCGUAUCCAGGUACUGCCGUUUAACCAAGUGACAAAGCCGCAAGCAACGCAACUAGCGCUAAGGCAACUGCAACCGGUGGCCAGGCCACAGUUGGCGAGACCUGUGCAAGUGUCGCUGCCAAUUGCAAAACCGCAGCAAAUCAUUGUGGCGGGACCACGACCGGUUCGCAGUAAUGUCAAAGUGAUUAGCAUCGCCACCGAAGAUCUCAUUGAGGAUGAUGACGAUGCCAACAACAGCUCGGCCACCGCGGACGAAGAGAAUGGCGACACCGAAGAGCUAAGUGAGCCAAGCGAUGAUUCGCGUGAAACGGACAACGAUCGCGACAGUGACAUUGAUUUUAAGAUGAACAACAGCCGCAACAGUAACGCGAACAAACGCAAACGGAUCAAGAAGCUCUCCAAGCGACCCAAUACACAGCAGCCCCCGCGAAAUCAAACGGUGCAUGUGGUCAGGGUGCCACCAGGAACAACAGCCACAGCACCAGCUCAGUUUCCCAGUUUCAAGCGACGCAAGGAGCCGCAGACGGAGAGCCACUUGGGUGUGCCUGCUAUUGGACAAAUUGUGCAGCUCAAUACGAAGGCGGCGCCCACAUCCGUAAUUGCCUUAGGCAGCAUACCAAGCACAUCGUUCCUGAAAGUACGUCCCACUCACAAGUCCCUGCCCAUCAAAGCCAAAGUGCAAGCAAUCGAAGCUACACGCUUGACUGCGUCACCAGUUGCCACCAAGUUGAGACGACCGCCAAUGUCAAAGGUGGCAGCGGGAUUUGCAACGCCACCGCAAGAUGUCAAAGAGAUUAUAAUCAGUAAGAAUCUAUCCAGUCCGAAGGGUGUGUUCACCAAUCUAAACAGUCUGCUCGGUGACAGCAACAAUUCCACGCAACUAACAGUUUCGUCAGAUGCGCCAAAACAACGUCUACUAGCUACACCUAUUAUUACGCCUAAGACGAGCCUAAACAUGACGUUAGCAUCAUCAUCAUCAUCCUCCGUCGCUGCGCCUUCUAAGGGCUUUAUGCCCAUUGGCGUGGAGACGGCAUCCACACACAAAUUACCCGCACAGAUUGUCAUCGAGACGCAUCAGAGCUCUUCAGAGCUGGCGGCCGAAAACGAUAAGCAACUGGAUCUCAUCAAUUCGAUAGUGCAGGAUGAGUUGCGGAAGGUAUCGUUGGUGGAACAGCCACCAGCAAGUGCUGACGAGACCAUACCCAAUUUGGUCAAAAUGCUGGAGAGCAGUGCGGCUGGACUCGAUCCGGUUGGCGAGGCAAAUGCUGUUCCUAUUGUUGACGUUGUCAACGUAGCAAGCAUACCAAACCAAUCACAUAAUAGUAACAAUUUCAAUGCAAACAUAGCAACCGUUCCAACUGCUGUCAGUGGCAAUGUUAACGAUGUGGAAAACAUUGAUAUUGGCAGUGCUCGUUUGUUGGAUACACCAGAUGAGGAUGAGAUUACAGCCGAUUUUCUGCAACACGUCGUUGGGCUUAUCGAAGAGGACAAACAAUUUGAGGCCGAAGUUGUAAAACAAGUGUUGGCAAGCACAGAAUCGGGCGGUCUAGAUGCCAUUGCCAAUGCUGUGGUAGCGCCUCCUAUAUUUGAGACUGCCAGUCAAUUGACAACCAUAGCUCAGCCGAACGAAUAUCAGCCUGCCAUUAUUGUGUCGAAUUCAUUGAGCAAUUUACCAAUAGCGUGUAGCACUCCAUCGCGUAGCAGCAGUAGCACAACAGCAACAACGAUGUCAACAUUAUUGCAAAGCCCUGAGGUAAAGGUGGUGCGUGGCAAUGGUCGCGUCAUUUACCUGCCACCGAUUGAGGCGCCUACAACUCGAGCAAAGCGUCGUGCUCAGAAUCCGGCCGCAUCGACAACGACAUCAUCAGAUAUUAGCAAUAUUUCGCACUGUGAACCAAUGCUGGAUAGCAGUCAAUUGGCCAACAGCAGCCUAGACAGUGAUAGCUUUAUGUCGCAAGCAUCACGCGGCGUGCACAAAAAGCAAUUGUCCAAGGAGUCUAGCGGCGGCAGCGUAAAGCGACCCAAACGAUCGAAUAAACUGAACACCAGUCAAACCAACGAUGCGGAUGCCUCAGAAUCUCAAGAGGACGACGAUGAUCCCAAUAAGCUAUGGUGCAUUUGUCGUCAACCCCACAAUAAUCGUUUCAUGAUUUGUUGCGAUUUGUGCGAAGAUUGGUAUCACGGCACUUGUGUCAACGUCACAAAGGCCAUGGGUCUGGAAAUGGAGCAGAACGGCGUUGACUGGAAGUGUCCGAAGUGCGUCAAGCGACAGGAAGAGAAGAGUCAACCACGCAUUACGGACAUGUUGUUACCUAAGCACAGCGGUGACCUGACGGAAAGUGCAGCGUUACCCAAGCAACCAAACGAAACCAAACCAACAACAGAAGCAAAGGACUUUGCAGUACCCCAUAUCACAGGCACACCAAUACUGAUGGCGAAACAAGCUAAAGCUCCACAAAUCAUAAAACCACAACCCAAAGUGUUGCACCAACAACAGUUGCACUUCAUCAAGCUUGGCAGUGGUGGUAGCAAUGCUUCAACAUCCUCAGAUCAAGGUUGUGUUUUCUGUAAGCGUCCGGCACGUCCCAAUUCGGUUUAUUGCAGUGAUGAAUGCAUUCGCAAAUACGCACAGGCCGCAAUACAGACGCAACAAUCAGACCCUGUGCUGCCAAUGUCGCCACAGCUACAACAACCAAAUCCUCUUGAUGUCAAGAAGAGCAAAAAGAAGGAUUUGUUUGAGGAUGCACUUCGGCAAGCUGAUACAGUAUCAAAGGUGGAGCGGAUCAAUGUGUUUGAGCGUCGCAGCGGACGAGCCAUCACAGGACAUAUGGCGCCUAGUGCACAGCAUCUGAAGAAGUGGCUGCAGGACAAUCCCACCUUUGAGGUAAUGCAGCCCGGCAGUUUGCAACCCACGGAAAUAGAGCGACGACAAGAUAAACGCACCUUGGAACAGUCCUCCACAGAGUCGACGCCCACCAAAAGUACGCCUGCAACCUCAGCUCAAAAACCAGUCGAGUCUCAAAAUAAGUCUGUACAGCUGCUUUCAACACCGCAGAGCUCUGCCAAAAAGCAAAAGCCCACAACCUCAAAACUACGCUCUUCAGAGAAGAGCAACUCGGAAAAAUCGGUUGGUAAGUCGCACGCUGAACCCGUACGUUUGAAUGUGCGUCAAACAUUCAAGAUGCUAAUGCUUGAUCGCAUUAAGUAUGAACAAGCAAACGCGUUACCAACCGACAAAUCCGAGUGGUUAACAUUAGCGGAGGUGGACAACUUUGUGAAGAACAUGGAGUCUGAAUUGUAUCACACAUUUGGACGGGAUGCGGGUGCCAAAUACAAGUCAAAGUAUCGAACGUUGUCGUUCAACAUCAGGGAUCGCAAGAAUAAAACGCUCUUCGAGAAGAUAUGUGCCAAGCAGCUGGAACCCAAGCAGUUAGUGCGCAUGACAGCCGCCGAACUGGCCAGCCAAGAGUUGGCCAAAUGGCGCGAGGAGGAGAAUCGUCAUCAGUUGGAAAUCAUUAAGAAGUCUGAACUCGAUUUGCUGUCACGGGCACAAAACUAUUUGGUAAAAACGCAUAAGGGCGAAGAAGUUAUCAAUACGCCGGUGGAUGUUACGCUACCCGAUGAAGAACUGGCAGAGCAGAACGCCGAUAAAGAAAUACAGAUCGAUAGCUCCGACAGCAAGAGAUCUUCUCAUUCUACUGACCCAUCAUUAAUUGCCACAGACACAUCCAGCAAAGAACUUGAACUGGAGCGUUCGGUGAGCAAAGAGAAGAACGCUAAGUCGAAAGAAAAGGAACGCUCUGCUGAUAAAGAUAGGGAACGUGACAAGCGUCACAAGAACCACAAGAAUCAUCAUCAUCAUAGCACAUCCAAACGAAGCCGGAGUCGGUCGAGCAGUCGCAGUCGCAGCAUGGAAAAGCGGAGCCAUAAACGGCAUCAUCACGACUCCGAUGCAGACAAAGAAAAAGAGGCGUCUUCAUCACGUGACAAGCAAGCCAAUAAGGUGCGUGCUGAAAAGGAGAAAGUGGUGCCUGCCAAUAAGCCAGCUGAAAAGAAGGCGGAGCCACCUUUAGUGUUCAAUUUGAUUGAUCAAAUCCUGGAAUCUGAGAAGACAGUCGAGCAAGCGGCCAAUUUAAAAGUGCCCACAAAGCAGACACUAAAGACUGUGCCCGUUGCAACAAAGACCGCACCCAAAUCCGACGAACGGCCCGUAAGUUUAGAUAAAUACGGCCGCUAUCUGCACAGCUUAUCCAGUCCACCUAUUUGGUCCGGCAAUGUGCAUAUGGUGGACGUCACCGCCUUUGAUGUGGUCAUACAUCCGGUGCAUGGCGAUACAAGUCAGCUAGCCAAGUUGUUGCCAACGAAUUUAGAUGUUAUUGGUCGUAUAACGCGUGUGAACGUCUGGGAUUAUCUCAAGAAGAUCAAGAAGAGUCCCACCAAGGAGAUUGUCAUUGUGAACUUAUUUCCCGCCAGUGCCUCGAACACCAUUAACUUCGACAGCUUCUACGAGUAUCUCGACACUCGUCAACGUCUUGGUGUCUUGGGUGCCGAUGCGGAGCAGAUUCGUGAUUUCUACAUAUUCCCAUUGGGAUCGCGGGACAAAUUGCCAAGUGUGCUGCAGACCACGGAGACUGUGCCCUUCUACGAGGAUACACGGCGUCCAAACACGCUGCUGGGCAUAAUUGUGCGCUGCUUGAGUAAGAAAUUGGCAACCAUGAGUCAAACACUGCCUCUUCCUUCAUUGCCCACUGCCAGCAACAAGACUGCAAAGGUGAUAAACAAGACGCGCGCUAAAACAACAUUCACGCCACCGAGCAGUCCAAAACGUAAACGUAGCACGCAUUCGACGAGCUCCAAAGAUGAUGAGUUCGACAUCGAUGCGAUCAUCAAAGCGCCCAUAGCCAAGUUGCACAAGACAAACAUUUCAAUAGAUUCGACUAGCUCGGACGAUCCGAAUGCGCCUUAUUCGCCCGGCGGCAGCUCUGACGAUGACUUGGCAGCAUCAAAUCCAAUCAAUAAGGAUGAGCUGGAGCGUAAAGUGAAUGAGAUUAAUAAACAAAUAGCCGCACAACGCAAGGAGAUUGCCGGCCUGCUUAAUGUUGAGUCACCUGUUCUUACCCAGCCUUCGCCAUUGUCUAAUGCAAUAGCCAACAUAUCGAGUAUUCCCAAUCUGAACAAUAUACUGGCAAGCCUAAAGAACAAAAGUGAAACCAUUGCCAAGGCAAGUGCUGGCGAUGACGAGGAAUACAAUCCAGAAGAUGCCAUCGCCUCAAACAGCUCCUACGGCAUGGCAGGUACAAGAAUUGCGGAGAAUGCAACCAGAACCAAGAGUCGCUUGGCGCAGCUAAGUGAAGCUGAGCUUCUUAGUAUGGUGCCGGACAAUUUGGUGGAUGAUCUGGCGCCAAGCACCCGACACAAUGAGGAGCCCCCACCGCCCGGUGUUUAGGAUAGCAAUAAAAUAUGAUUAUAAAUAGUUAUUGAUAGAGAUUGUAGGAUUUAGAGUGUGUACGUGACUAGCUUUCAUCUACUUGUUAUUUAGCUUUUGAAUGGAAUUCAAUUAAUCAUCUUUCCCCAAUUUUUCUUUGAUUAUCACGCCCCUGAAUUGUAAGCCGUUUCAUUUUGUACAUUUGCAUUCAACGAAUUGAAUACCAUUUCUGUAUUAUAUCCAGCAAUCGGAACAAUUGAAAAUAUGUCUCCGUAGUCGGAUACACAGUCGUCGGUUAAUAGUUUUAUUAACAAAUUAUCAUAUUAACACAAUUGCGGUUUCUUUGCCAAAACAAA